AUGCCGCGUAUGAGGAGAUUGAAGAGUGAUACAACCUCUGAUAAAGCGGUAGAGGCUAUGGCUGAAAGGACUCUGCAACCACAACAGCCUAUUUUGCCAAAGGCAGAAGAAUUUACAGAUCAAAAAGUGGUUGAAGACAGCAAUGAUUUAACCGAAGAAAGUUCAGUUGAAGUCCUCGACAAAAGAAUAGGAAGGAAUCGUAGAAAGUCGCCAACAGGAGGACAAUCUGACGAACAACAAACACUUCUUAUAGCCGACGAAAAAGAAAUAGAAUUGAAAAUGAAAAAGCGAGGUGGGUCUCGUAAAAAUCUUUCGGCGCCUUCACUAUUACUUUUACAACAACAACAAGAGCACGUUAGUAUGGAUCUGUUGGAAAAACAAGCGGAACAGACAAAGCAUUGCGAGCAACCAGUUGACGCCUUACCGUCGGAAAAGCGAGAACAUAAAAAAAGAGUUCGAUUCAGUGAUAACUUGCAAAUGUCUAAAGCGAAAAACAACUCCUUCGCAACAGAUUCGGCAAAGCACAAUAUGGAGUCAAAUGUCGAAACAACCUCGUCUAAUGACAAAGAAGAUGAUUAUAUGACACUAGAUAAAUCGAAUGUUGGUGUGGAACCAAAAGAGCCGUUGCCAGCAGGAGAAAACAAUUUUGAGCUUGCUAAUGAGACAGAGAGAUCUGCAAAUCCAAAAAAACGUGUUGCUGCCGAUCCCGAUUUGAAUUCUUUCGACAAUGAAGAGAGAAGAAAAACUCUCAAGAGAUCUAAAUUAGCACCUCGUUGGUACAAUCAAUCUUACAUGCUCUUCUUAGCGCUUCGGCAACAUCCUGAACGUUGUUUACCGAGAGGAGCAUUAUGUAGAGCUGCAGUAGAAAUGGACAAAAAAAUCAGUAAAGAGUUGAACUUACCUAGAGUUUUUUUGGGAAAGACGCCUUUAAAUUCUGCUUCUGCUAAAUUGACAAACAAUAUAGAUCAUUAUUUUGUUUCUUUCAGGCCUGAAGGUAGUAAAUCGAUGUUUUUUAAACUAUCGUACGAGCCUGGUGAUGUUAAAAAGGCUGUAGAAGAAUAUCAGAAAUGGUGUAAAAAGUUAAUAGAACAUGAUUGGCCUUAUUGUUUCGGCGUGCCCAAACCUGAAGCAAUUGAAAUGCGUAAAGCAGAAAAUAAAUUGAACCAACAACAGCCAAUAAACAACAGCAUGUUUACAGACACAGAUACUGUGCCUAAAAUUGCAGUGAGGGAUAAGAUUCAGAUUGGAGAUGGUAAAGAGAACUAUAGCAAUGCUGAGAAAUUGAAAGAUAACGCAGAAGAUGCGACAGAGCCAAACACACCAACGUCGCAGAACGGUAUCAUCAAAAAUGCCAUAUCACUUGUCAAGACAGGGUUCGCUCCACAGAGCAUCUCUGGCAAUGAUAUGGAGCAGUCUUUCUCAACAGAAAAAACAGCAGUUUCUCUUACUGGAGUCAAUAGUAUAACGCUCGCAAGUUUAGCGGAAGAAUAUAACACUUUUUCUAAAGACAAUUCCAGAGAGUAUGCUAUUGUCGAAUCAACAAAGGGAAGAGCAGUCGAUGAUGUGACAAAUACGCUAACAGAAAUCGAAAGAAAGAAAAUGAAAGGCGAUGCUAUUGAAAGGCACGAAAAGGCUACGACAAGAAUUGAAGGAAAUACAAAUGGUGCAACUACUCAUCAGAUUUCAAAUAUCCCUCAGUCGGAUAAAGAAGAGGGUUCAGCAAAUGCUCUUUGUAAUAAUAUAAUGAACAUAGAUGAAACUGAAGCUGUAUCAGUACCAUCUUCAUCACAAUCAGCGAACUUUGCUGGAAAUGUAAAAUCUCAGUUGCAAUCUUCAUCCAACACACAUGGAAUGGGCACUGAAACAAAUAUACCCCUCCUUACCACAACUGAUAGUUUGACUUCUACUCCAUUAACAACAACAACAGCACUACCAUCUUCAUCCGCUGAUAAACCCAUGAAUACCGAAGCAUCUAAUUCUCUGAUGAAGAAAAACAAUGCAUCAAAAGACAGCAAAGCAAUGGAGGAAGCGCCUUUAUACACACUUGACGAGCUUGAUCUGUCAAAUAUACCCACCUCGUGGCGUGAUAUAGUCUACAUUGCUCCUUCUAAAAUCCCCGGUGCAGGUAAAGGUCUUUUCGCCAAACGAAAGUUGCCCUAUAACACUCCCAUCGGAUUUUAUUUUGGCGUGCCUAUGACAGAGGAUGAGUUUGAUGCCAUCAAGGACCGUGUCGGACGCGCUUCCGAAUAUAGUAUCAUGUAUCGACGUACAGUAUUGGAUGCCACUGACGAUAAUGGAGAACCUGUCACAGAUGAAAAUAGUGAACGUUUUUGUCCUUUCCAUUUUAUGAAUGAAACGUACGAGAAAAAUGCUUCAAUAUUAUUUGUGGAAGGCGUUGUGGUUAAUCAAGUAAUCUGUUGGACAAGGAAAGAAAUUGAGAAAGACGAAGAGCUAUUAGUGUGGUAUGGAUCCGAUGUGAAUAGACAUUGGUAUGAUGGCAGUAUCAUUGGUCCUGGUGAUAAUAGCAAGUAUAGGAAUGAAACCAUAAGUAAGGAUAACACACAUCGCAAAAGAGCACGAACAAAGUAA